AUGACCUUAUAUUACAAUGCCUACGAUGAAGAGGAUAGAGGGCGAUUAAAAGAUGUUUUAAGCAUGCUUAGUCGAACACGCAAUAAAUUGGAGCGUGACUUGUCCCGCCACAUCUGGCUUAACCUUCAUCUGGCUCGUCUAAUGUCCACUGGUCAUCUUGCUCGGCAUCAUUUACCUAUUCUCCAUCCACCCUAUCCUUUUCAUGCGCCUCAUCUUCAGCUGCAAAACCAAUUUCAACCUUACCGGUCAGUCGGACCCAUUGGAAUUGUAUCCUCUUCUGUUUCAGUGCAUCCAUCUCCGCUUAAUCCAAAUGUUCCUGUGUCUAUUUGUGAUAAUGGCAGUGGUAAUUCUGGUGGAAUUCCGCCUUCUGGGCGAGCCACAUCUCCUGUCAUCGUUGCCUCUAGCAUGUCUUGUAGUGCUCCUGCUUUUGGCAAUGCAUUUGGCUUUGGAGUAGUGGCUUCCGGACACUCCACUUUAUCUCCGCUUUCUGGUGUUUCCAUGUCAUCUGUACCGUCUACUUCACAGACUCCCAUCUCAGCAUCGUCGCAUUGUAUUACUGGCCUGACAACUGCCACUGGAACAUUUGCUGCAUUUCAUUCACCUGGAUCUGCCUUGCCUUCCUAUUCGACAGGUUUGAAUGGGAUCGGUUCUUCAAGUAACUUAAAUCCUAUGUGCUCAUCCACCAGUGGCGGCAGCAGUUCUUCUUUUUUCUCUUCAAGCUAUAAUAGUUUGGCCAAAGCAGAAGAAAUUGAGCGUUUGACGGGUGGCAAAGAGCGACUACUUCAUCCACAAGAACGUGCUACGUCCCUAGGCGAAUUUGUGAUGGAAGGUCGUCUUCAUGUCCGGAAGGAGGGUAAAUGUGUAUCUACAGAACGCUUAGUAUACUUGUUUACCGGAUUCAUGCUUGUGUGUAAAUGGCAGGAACGGCGUUGUUGCUCUGUGGCCUUAGCUCCGUCGGGCGCCCGUGAAUCAGCUGUUCUGCGCGUCAAACGUCGUGUGCCUCUCGAUGCUAUCCACGUUCUCGAUCUGGGACCACCAGUCCAGCCACAAUUAGCUGCCUCUUCUCUUAACGUAGCCGGUGGUCAGGACGAUGGACUCACAGCAAACGGCCUUAUGGCACAUUACCCUUUGGCGGGUUUGUCAUCAAGAUUUUGUUUGGUCUUUCCAUAAUGCGAUAAAUUGGAAUGGGGAUGA